CGGGUCGGGUGGCCUUCGCUCCGCCUUCGAAAAUACCCUUCCUUCCGGGGCGGGCCAGAGGAAGGUGCUUCCGGGCCGUUGCCGCGACGACGGAGUUCCCGGCAUGCCUCGCGGCGGCGGGCUAAUGGCGUCGGGGGCGCGGCUGCAGUUACUGCUCGCGCUCUGGAUGCUGGCGGCUCCGGCCCGGCCGGUGGCCGCGGACGCGGGCGACGGAGGGUGGCAGCGACGCGGGCCUGGGGCGGCGGCGGCGUUGGCGGAGGAGGAGCGCUGUGUCGUGGAGCGUCGGGCCGACCUUAGCUACUCCGAGUUCGUGCAGCACUACGCCUUUUCCAGACCCGUCAUCCUCCAGAGGCUCACAGACAACUCGAGGUUCCGGGCCCUGUGCUCCCGUGAAAAGCUGCUGGCCUCGUUUGGGGACAGCGUGGUACGGCUGAGCACUGCCAACACCUACUCCUACCGGAAAGUGGACCUGCCCUUCCAGGAGUAUGUGGAGCACCUGUUACACCCCCAGGAUCCUACCUCCUUGGGCAACGACACUUUGUAUUUCUUUGGGGACAAUAAUUUCAGCGAAUGGGCAUCACUUUUCCAGCACUAUUCCCCACCCCCAUUCAGCCUGUUGGGUACCACAGCUGCUUACAGCUUUGGAGUUGCAGCGACUGCCGGUAACUCCACAGGAGCUGGUUCUGGGGUGCCUUUCCACUGGCAUGGGCCCGGCUUCUCAGAGGUGGUCUACGGCCGCAAGCGCUGGUUCCUGUACCCCCCCGAGAAGACACCGGAGUUCCACCCCAAUAAGACCACACUGGCCUGGCUUCAGGACGUGUACCCAGCCCUGGCACCAUCUGAGAGACCCCUGGAGUGCACCGUCCAGGCUGGCGAGGUGCUGUAUUUCCCUGACCGAUGGUGGCACGCCACACUAAACCUGGACACCAGUGUUUUCAUCUCCACCUUCCUCAGCUAGCCAGAGCGGGCGGCUGGUAGUCGGGGAUGUCUCGCUUCUACAGCACAGACCGUCCAGUCAGGCACCAGGAAGGGGACGCCGCUCCGAUGCCUGCUCCCCAGCGCCAGAGGACCUACCCGGGCUUACCUUUCUUUUCUCAUCCACCUGGGAGAAAAGCUCAUCCAUGUCUGCUAAGUACUUGUCCUGCGAAGAAGCAAGCAGCUACGCGUGGGCCAGACGCCCCAUCCCCCUUCCCCAGGCACAGGCCCCCUCCCACCACAGGCACGCGGUCUGGCGCACACCCACACACGGGCUGGGGCACCCUCACGUGCUUGGCCUCGAUGCAGGCCUGCUGGGCCCGAACGUGGCUGUCGUCCUCAUCACCCUCGUGGUUCCUCUGGCAUUCUUCCAGCUCCCUGGGGGUCAGCCAGGAGCUAGUCAGAAAUGGGUCUGGCCAGGAGAGGCCACGCUCCACCCACACCUUGUUCAGGUUUCAUUUCCCUCCAUCUCCCGCUCGCCCGUGUCGGCCUUCAAUAAACACUCGUGUUCUUGGCUCCGGA